AUGUUCAUAGCUACUUCGGAAACGACACGUCUUGAAGUAGAAAUUAUUCGUCUUGCAGCUGAUGGUGGAGCAGAGAAUUAUUUAAAAUGUGGAGCUGUUCCUGGCACUUACCCGACCGUCGAUUUUGGUCCAGCUUCUGAUGAAAACAUCAAAUCAGCGUUUGAAGCUCAGCGGAAAUUCAUGCCAAACGGUCGUGGUCCUCUGGCAAACUCUGAGUUUUAUCCUGGUUGGUUUGUGCUAUGGGGUGCGAAAAGGGCUCAUGUUCCUACAGUUGAAGCUAUCGUUAAAUCGGCUAAAUGCUAUUUGGGAGCAAGUUUUAACUUCUAUAUGAUUCACGGCGGAACUAACUUUGCUUUUUGGAAUGGAGCGUCCAGGGAUGCUCCUGUAAGUUUCAUGGAAGGACAGCAAAUAUGAGA